AUGGAGAAACACUCCAUGCGUCACCUGCUGUGGGCUGCACUGUUCCUGUUGUACUGCAGCUGCGGGUGUUUGGCUGCUGUUGUACAGCAGUUACCACAAAAAGGAGAAAGUGCUCUACAGGCAUACACCGUCUCUGUUCCUGCUAGUGAUGAUAAGAAUGGCGAGGAUUGGAAGCCCAUUCGCAUUGGCGUGUAUACAAGACUUGUAGAGGAAAUCAUAAGCUAUUGCGAACGAACAAAACAUUUAGAUGAUGAAGACGAAGAAGAAGAAUUUGGAGUGUUUAACGAUUUCUGCGAGAGAGAUGAUCAUAAAAAAAUGACAACGCAAAUAAAGGAUACUCUUUUUAAGGAUAUCUUGCCUAAAGCCAUCAAAUUGCACACGGAUCGCCUUAAAGUGAAACGGGAAGAAAAAAGUCUAAAUCCCAGAAUCGCAGGUCUUGAUUCUCUUCCAGAAAAGUGCAGGCUCAUUAAGGACCCAUUGGGGCAACAGAUGCAGUAUAGUGUUGAUGUCGAUUUUAUGAUUUACGUGGCUCUUUCAGCUAAACCGGAAAAUGUUGAGAUUUGCACCAGGGAUGAAGAAAACCGACCAACGUCUGCUGUCAUCAGCUUUAUCCCAGAUGAGAUAAAAGCAACACGACAGUAUAUUCGCUUAACUGCACAUGAGAUUGCGCAUGGUCUUGGAUUUGACUAUGAAGUUAUGGAGACACAGGGAAUGAUAGAACCCCGCAAAAAUGGUCUCUCAUCUACAGGAGGUAAACACGGUGGAGAAGAAUUCUAUAUGAAUUCCUCUGAAACUCUNCUGCACUGUUCCUGUUGUACUGCAGCUGCGGGUGUUUGGCUGCUGUUGUACAGCAGUUACCACAAAAAGGAGAAAGUGCUCUACAGGCAUACACCGUCUCUGUUCCUGCUAGUGAUGAUAAGAAUGGCGAGGAUUGGAAGCCCAUUCGCAUUUCUGUGA